AUGCAGACAUCAAAGGAUGAUGUCGCGGCUGAUCCGCCCUGUCACUCCAAAGCAAAUUCAUAUAACGAAGCCAAGUGCAAAUCCCAAGUUGAUGCUCUGUACGCUUGCUGCAACAAGUUCUACGAGCGGAACGGCCAUGAUGCCACAUCGGCUAGUUGCCCCAAGGCAAAUCUCUUGUGGCUGAAGAUGAAGCAGAGGGCAGAAGAGGAAGGGAAAGAGAAAGCUGGUUCCGGAAGAUAG